AUGGAAGCGCGCCAGUGCACAGAGGAGCAGCUAUCGCAGCAAGAAGUCAGGCGCCUUACGUGUGAGGCUAUGGCGGCAAGGCGCUUCCCACCUGUGGUGCAGUAUCCAGAGAAGCAGCGAGGCGCCCCCCUACUCUCUGCCUUGUUUUCGUGGCCAGUCAUCGUGUGGGUUCCUGAGUGUCUACAAGCUUCGAAGAAGCCGUUCUGCGCCAUGCCCAGCUGCUCCUGUACGCCGCGCUUGAAGGAGUACAAGCAACGAGUGGUGGAGGAGGUGGACACCAAGUGCCAUCUUCUCUACACCAAGUACCAGUGCACAGGGGAAUCAACGGGCUGCUUCUCUACUGUUUCACCAGCCUACUUGCAGCGCGAGCCUCAACUAGUCGUGCAUUUUCCCUAUGUGCUCACCAAGAAGUAUGGGCUCUCCAAAGAGCUGAUGGAAAUGGUGCAUGAAGGCGUGAUCUCCCCGCAUGGACUCUCAAGAACUAUCGACAACCUAAAACGGCGUCGCUAG